AUGGAAGGCAGAGUUCAUAAGCCAGGGGCGUGCCAUUCCCACUUCGAAAUCCUCAGCACUUCGCAAGGAGAUCAAGCAGCCAAUGUUGAUAGUAACAGUGCAGGUCUUCCAACCGACUAUAGAGACCGCUCUUCUGUAGAACGACAUUCCGUAGAAGGCACCACACCGUCGCAAGCAAGAAAGAGGCAACUCGAAGCAGCAUCCACAGGAGACAUGAUACCUGCGAAGAGAACACGUUUAGCAGAACAAAUAUCGCCAGCUAUACUACUCUGGCAACGACAUUUCAAUAGUGACGAGAACCUCAAAGUGGAGGCUAACACCGACGCAAAUGAUAACACCAACAAAAUCGAACAUGAUCAAGCGCAGUUAACACGGAGAAAUUUAGUCUUGUUCAACAAAAUAACGGCGGAAGAUGGGACAGGGGAUGCAUUGAAAUCUGCGCUACUAGGAUCUACAGACCAAACUUCGACAACGGAGAUGGAGUCUACCUCGACAACUAGGUCCGGAUUUGCUAUUGCAGUCUACCACAACGGUGUUCUGCUUUCCUAUCACUCUAAACCACCAACGAACCUCAACGAGAUACAUAAACAGGCUUCAAGUUCUCGGGGAACGGCUUCGCCUACAGUGUCUGAGUAUGAAAGAUACUUUAGAACUCUCCCAAUGGCAUUUAACGAGCUAGCUAGAGGCAAUAAGGUUAGCAGGAAGCUCCAAAAGGAUUAUGACGACGAUGAAGGCUACCACCCAGCCUUCAAGCAGGCAUUUACAGGGUUUCCAAAGAAUGUCGGGUUGAACGAUGGCCUGUCGCCGCCUCAGCCUGACUUUAUCGAAGGUCUUGGGAUGUCGGAAUUUCAACCGUUUCCUAUCGAGCGCGUCAGCGGAGCAGUUCUCUACGAGGAUAAUCCCUUUUCCACAGUACUGCCACAUAUAGCCGGCGAGUAUAAGGGUCCCAUGGGAUGCAUGGAAAACGCGAGACUUCAAUGUUCUUAUGAUGGGGCGGCGCUUGUCUACGCCCGGAACAAAGCCCUUGCACUCAUUGGGAAGCCUGAUCCUCAAGGUCAUGCCAAAAUCACAACUUUCGCUACAGAUGGCGAGAUCAUUGAGUUCUUCGCACACUACGCAGCCCGAGGAGAUGAUAGCAAGCUCAAAUAUCACCAAUAUCCCAUUGGAUCGUUCUUUUUGACAGGCUCUCAUUAUGGAUUUAAAGAUGGUUGGAGACAGCUUCGGAAUCAACAAGACUACGCAAGAGAGCAAUCUUAUGCUCUAAGAGAUCAGCUUGUUAACUAUUGGGUGGAAAGGGAGGGCAUUGCGUCGUCAACUCCUAGAUCAUUCUGCAUCGAGGAUCUCAACGAGACUCGGCUUGAGUUUUGGGAUAAAACACAGACUGAGAUAGAGGAGAGAGCGCGAGAACAUCUCAGAGGGAUAGAGAUAGGAAAUAUCAGUCGGCCCGUAAGAAGUAUUGUUUGUUUUGGGGUUUGUGUAUUUGUUGGGGCUACAGUAGCUUGCUCGAAUGUGUGGCAUGGGAGUUGGUAGGGUUUGCUGAUAGAGCUGGAAGCCAGGCUCCCGAAAAUCCCAAUCAAGAGCUACCAUACGCCAUUAGCUCACCUAGCAAACAGCAGAAACAUGCAGUCAUGCCAUAUUUGCUUGUCACGCAAGUACGCAACAACACAUCAUCUCUAUAUUACACGAAGAGCUGUUGCUCUAGUUGGCAUUACAGGGGAUAUUUUGGGCCUGGCAGAUGUGGAGUGUUUGGUGUCAUGUACACAGUUUCAGCAUGCCUCGGCCU